UCUCUCCUCCACUUGUACUCCACCGCCACCACCCAGGGAACGCCACGCGCAGAGCUCCUCUGAAGCAAAUACCAGACACAAGCGGGGACGAAUCCCAGCCGUGCGGUUCGUCGAUCGAUCGAUCCGAUGGGGCGGCGGCCCAGCGCGUCGCCGGUGGGGUCGGGGGAGCCGCUGCUGCCGGAGGUGCGCAAGUGCGUCAGCGGCGGCGCGACGAUGCAGCGGUCGCUCUCGCGGGCGGACGAUGAGCUGCAGUGGUUCCGGUCGUGCCUGCGGUGGGUGUGCAUGGACCACUCGGCCCCGGGCCGCGCCGCGCUGUCCUGGCUGCUCUUCCUGCUCCUCGCCGUCGUCGUCCCGGCCGUCGCGCACUUCGUCAUCGCCUUCCGCCCCUCGCGCCGCCCCUUCGACGCCGUCGUGCAGGUCUCGCUCUCCGCCGCCUCCGGCGCCAGCUUCUUCUGCCUCUCCUCCUCCUUCCGCCGCAUCGGCCUCCGCCGCCUGCUCUACCUCGACAAGCUCCGCACCAACAGCGACCGCGUCCGGCUCAACUACACCGCCCGCCUCGCCUUCUCCUUCCGCCUCCUCGCCUCCCUCGUCGCGCCCUGCUUCGCCGCCGAGGCCGCCUACAAGACCUGGUGGUACGCCACCUCCGCCGACCGCCUCCCCUUCUUCGCCAACGACCUCCUCAGCGACGUCCUCGCCUGCUCCCUCGAGAUGGCCUCCUGGAUGUACCGCAGCGCCAUCUACCUCCUCACCUGCGUCCUCUUCCGCCUCAUCUGCCACCUCCAGGGCCUCCGCCUCGAGGACUUCGCCGGCUCCCUGCUCGUCGAGGUGGAGGAAGGGAGGAUGGGGGUGGAGCGCGUCCUCAGGGAGCACCUCGACAUCCGCAAGCAGCUCAAGGUCAUCAGCCACCGAUUCCGCAGGUUCAUCGUCGCCGCGCUGCUCAUCGGCACCGCCAGCCAGUUCGCCUCCGUGCUCCUCACCACCCGCCACGACUCCAUCGACGACCUCCUCCACACCGGCGAGCUCGCGCUAUGUUCAGUGGUGCUCAUGUCCGGGCUCAUCAUAAUCCUGAGCAGCGCCGCCAAGAUCACUCACCAGGCGCAGGCCCUCACGGGCCAGACCACCAAGUGGCACGCCUGCUGCACCAUCGAACCGGUCCCGGACGACGAGAUAGAUCCGGGAUCCAACCAGAACUCCAUGCUGGAAGACCCCGAGGACGAGAGCGACUGCGAGUCCAGCGAGGAGACCGGCGACGAGGACAUGCUGGAGAACACCAAGUUCCUCCAGCCUCACACGCACGUGAUCUCCUUCCAGAAGAGGCAGGCACUAGUGACUUACCUGGAGAACAACAAGGCCGGCAUCACCGUGUUCGGGUUCACGCUGGACCGGUCGUACCUCCACACCAUAUUCAUGCUCGAGUGGACGCUCUUCUUGUGGCUGCUGGGGAAAACAGUCGGUUUCUCGUGAAGACGAGGGACUGUAUGCACAAGGUUCUGUUCUCUUCCAUGUUUUUCUGCUGUUGUGCCCCAUUUGAUCCUUGUGUGAAAAGAGAAGGAGUAGGGUUUUUUGUGUGCGCGCGCGGGUGGCACGUGAGUGGUGUGCACUUGUACGUGUGUGUAUGCUAGCAGCGAUUUGGUGUGCUGAUGAUCAUGUAAAUUAUUAUGGGUUGAUUGCUCGUGGAUGUAAGGUCUAUGUACAGUUGUUAGAUGAGUGCUGUAGAGCCUCCGCAUGCGUGCGUGCUGCUUGGCAUUGCAGGUUUAUAAUCUCGGGUUGUAACUUGUAAGCCAGCAUCAGUUGUAGAGUAGGUGUGUCAAAAAAAGAAAACUCUUUCCUUUUUUUUUGGUUCAAGAAAACUCUUUCCGUUAUUUUGGUUCUACCGGCUGUUCUCCUGAAGAAAAUGUUUUGUGCUCCGUA